UUUACUACGAUUAUUAUGCUACACAAAAAAAAAGGCAAGUAGUCAAACCAAUCAUCAAUGGUAAAGACAAAGCAUAAGAAGAUGACUGUUUUUCACAUCAUCAUAAACUGCCCCUUCCCUCUCCUAUAAAUAAUAUAAAAGAAUAGCAGUUUAUCAUCAUCUUGUGUCUACUAUUUUUAAAUAAUAUAAAAAUGCAUAAAAAAAGACAUACUACAGAGGAGGGGGUGGGGGUUUAUAAUUAACCAAUCAAAUUUAAAGAAGGGAAAAAUACAAAAGUCUAUUAUCCACAUUUUCAUAUGAGUGAUCGUUCCGGGCUUCUCCGUGUGACUAUUUACAUCUAUCUAUCUAAAUGUGUAAAUGUAUAAAUAUACAUGCAUAUACAUCUAUAUAAAUAUAUUAUUACUUUUUGGACAUCUGCUUUACAUGACCUUCCUUCCUGCUUUGUCUUUCUUUCUAUUCUUUCUCCCACUAACUUGUUGAAAAAAAAAAAAAAAAACUUAUACUUGUACAUACAUACCCACACACACAUAUUUAUAUACUUUCUUUCUCUCUCUCUCUCUUUUCUUUUUCUUUUAUAUAUUUAUGUUUUUUACAAGACUAAAACAAAGAAAUCAACUAUAAAUAGUGCAAGAAAUAAAGCCAAAAAAAUGUCUUCAGUCAUCUGGUCUAAAAAACGAACAAAUAAUUUACGAUCUGCACCAUGUACCAUAUUCUCUGCUACAACACUUUCACCUAGACAAAUAGCCAAUAAAGCGUAUACAUUAGGAUGCAAGAAAUUAGAUCGAGACAAUAAACAAAGUAAACCAAAAUAUCAUGUUCGAGAACGUCUAUUGCUUUGUAACACAAUAGCCAAGGCUGAAGAAACAUUAAAUCAACGCACAAGACGUACAAAUAGACGUGUUUUGGCAGCUGAAGAUGAAGAAGAAAACUCAAGUGAUGAAUUUUCUAUUAAAAAGAAUAAAUAUCAUCACGAACAUCUAUCUCCUUUAAGGUCUAUAACUAAAGAAGAAGAAGAAGACGACGACGACGACAACGACAACGACGACAUGAUUGCUGAAAUUAAAUUGAUCAAAGAAGAAGAUCAAGAAGAUAUGAAUAAUACUACGUCUAUUAUAACAGCAUCAUCAUCAACAACAACAACUAUCAUAGCAUCUAAUACUGCAUCAUCAUCAUCAUCAACUACUACUACUAUUAACAAUCUUGCAUCUUCCUCUAAUAAUAAUAACUUUUUCCCUCUGGAUUGUAGAAGAGUAACUAUUUCACCCAAUAACUGCAAAAUAGUUACUUCUCCUAUUCCAACCAUCAUUUAAUAAAUAUAUAUAUAAUUAUAGUGUGUAUAGUUCUCUCUCAAAUAAUAAUAAUAAUAAUAAUAAUAAAAGGAAACUUCUUCUUUUUUUUCUCACGGUAUGAAAUCUUCGGGUGAUGUCGUAUUUACUGCUACUACUACUACUACUUUCGUGUUGUGAACCAAGCUAAUCCAAAACAAUAAUAAACAUACAACAACGCAAUAUGCCAUGACUCUAUUAUCUAAUUUAUUCCUA